AUGAAAAUCCCAAUGGAGAAAGGACUUGUAUUCGAACAACAGGUUGUUAAUAAAGCAGAAAUGCCAGACCGCUUAGGUAAACGAGGAGGUGGAGUUUGCGUUCUGCUUCAGAACAAUAUUGAAUUCAAACUGGUCCAAAUAUUCAUUCUGACAUUCUCUGCUUUGACAUUUAUAGGUUAUUCCUUUGAUCAUUUACGAUUUAUUGCUGUUUAUCGUCCUCCCAAGCAGAGCUCUUACGACGAUGAGCUAUGCAGUCUUUUGGCUGGUUUACGUUCUUCCUCCCCAAACGUUGUUAUCCUUGGGGAUUUGAACCACGAUAUUGAUUGGUCUAAGGUAGAAGCCCCAGUGGCCAAACGAAAAAAAUUCAAUAGUUUCAUUUCGCUGUUAUCAAUGUUGAGCCUCAAGCAACAUGUUGGAGAGCCUACCUGUGAUUACACCAAAGCCAAUAAAGAAGCCAUUAUAGCUGAACUCAAUACAAUUGAUUGGUUCACCAUUUUCACAAUUAUCAAUCGAUCGAUGACGUCUAUGAUAGAUUUCUGCUCGUACUGCAUUCCCUCAUCGAUCAGUUUGUUCCCUGUCAAAGUAUUCACCCAUUUUAGGGAGUCCUAUCCCACGUACAUUAGAAAUCUUCGCCCUCACCGUGAAAGGCUUUUCCGAAUGCUAGGUAAUCCCAGAUCAGCAGAAUAUAAAAUAGUAAAUAAGGAUUUCGCGGUGCAUCUAAGAAGAUAUCUUGCAUUCAAAAAGAGACAAAUGCUUGAACGUCGCAACAUGAAGGCGCUUUUUGCCUAUAUCGCAGCUCCUCUCUGCCGCGUAUUUAAUAUUUCACUUAUCGCAGGAGAACCUAAGAAGAGAAGCCCACUGCCUCGGUACCUAGUGAAUUCAGACCGGAUCAGCAUCACCCAUCUCCUUGCAAAUCCUGCUUACUAUCAUGGUUCGAUAAAUAUCAAUUAUCCCGCGCGAACAGUUCGGUUUCGUAAAGAACUCAUCCACAUGUCUACAACUAUUAGAAUGCACGCACAAGUGGGCUACUGCUUUGAGCUCGUCAAAAAUGUCGACAUAAUAUACUUCGACUUAAGUGAAGCAUUUAAUAAAGUGGUCCAUAUUGAGCUCCUCGACAAACUAGAUAGUGUCGGUAUCAGAGGUGCCCUCUUGAAAUGGUUGAAGUCCUCCUUUUAG